AUGGCACACAAGAGAACCUCAGUCUGCAUCCAGACCAGAACCCUGGCAAUGCAAAACCAGAAGCCAAGAGAAGAUUGUGAGGAGGAGGACCAGGGAACACCUGAAGAAUGGGCGCAACGGCAGCCAGUGAAGCCAGCCACAGACAGUGAAGACCGCGCUGUGAAAGAGAACGGGAAUCUAGGGAGGCUCAAACGAAGCAAGAGCCAUUCAAGUCAGAUUGAGGACAGCAAGGCCCCAGCCAGUAAGAGAGAAGAAAGCGGGGCCCUGGCCUGGCCAAUAAGAGAGAGGACAUUAAGGCCCUGGCCAAUAAGAGAGAAAAAAGCAAGGGGUCAGUGGGGUCACAGAAGUCUGGGGUCACAGACCUGCCCUCGUCUGCCCCUCAGCACAAAAUGCACCAGAAAAAGACCAGAAAUUUUCAGGAGACCCCACAGAACAACCAUCAGGAGUCCAAUAACAGAGCCAAAGUCCCUGGGUCCUCCUGGUCCACACGGAAACCCAGGUCGCCCCGGCCCACCUGGACUCAAGGGACGGAAAGGAGACCCUGGCCUUUCACCGGGCAGAGCUCCAAAAGGAGAGAGAGGAGACCGUGGUGCUUCAGGACCUCUUGGACUGACUGGUCAAGUUGGUAGAAAGGGACAGAAAGGCCAUCCAGGUCCUGCUGGUCAACCAGGAGAUUCUGGCGAGCAAGGGGCAGACGGAAGCCCAGGGGCCAAAGGUUAUCCUGGCAGGCAGGGUUUACCUGGGCCUGUUGGCAUUAUGGGGCCUAAAGGAGUCCGGGGUUUCAUAGGAAUCCCUGGGGUUUUUGGCCUUCCUGGACCUGAUGGUGAGAGAGGAAUCCCUGGUGUUCAUGGGAAGAAGGGCAAGAUGGGUAGGCCGGGGUUUGCUGGGGACUUUGGCGAGCGGGGACCACCAGGACCAGACGGAAACCCAGGAGAGCUGGGAGCCCCUGGUCCUAAUGGAGUUCUUGGCCUCAUUGGAGACAUGGGUCCUCUAGGGAUGAUGGGUUUGCCAGGACCAUGUGGACUCAAGGGGGUACCCGGAAACCCAGGAGAACCAGGACUGAAAGGUGAUAAGGAUGACGUUGGUCUUCCAGGGGAACAAGGAGAGAAUGGAUUCCAAGGUGACAAGGGUAUCCAGGGUUCACCAGGAUUGCCAGGCACUCGAGGGAAACCAGGGCCACAUGGGGUGACAGGUGAGCCGGGUCCUGAUGGUAUACCUGGCCCUCCAGGCCAAGAGGGUUUCCCAGGAGACAUCGGCCCACCAGGUCACAACGGCCCAGAGGGCCCAAAGGGGAAGCCAGGAAACAGAGGUUUACCAGGGCUCAGAGGAACAGCUGGACUAGAGGGCGAUGAGGGGCCACUUGGACCACCUGGACCUACAGGACCGGAGGGCAGACCUGGAAGGCAGGGAUUCCCAGGGAAAACAGGUCCCGAAGGACUGAAGGGCGAGACCGGAAUAGCUGGAGAGGUCGGAAAGCUUGGCGAGAGGGGGCUGAUGGGUUUCAUCGGCCCUGUUGGGGAGCCUGGCCUCGCAGGAGAAAAGGGGGGCCGUGGCGAGAUGGGAUUGCCUGGACCGCCAGGGGAAAAGGGGGCGAUGGGUCAUCCUGGAACUCCUGGAGAGUGUGGUUCAUCAGGACCUCUAGGGAUACCAGGUCCAGCCGGUUCGAGGGGUCUCGGUGGGAUCAGAGGACCUAAAGGCAGGAGGGGUCCAAGGGGUCCUGACGGUCCAGCUGGGGAGAAGGGGUCAGUUGGAGGAAAGGGUCCCGAUGGUCCACCAGGAAAACUAGGCUUCCCAGGGGAGAUGGGAAGGAUUGGGGAGCCUGGGGAAGCUGGGCCUAAAGGAUUUCCAGGUCGCAAAGGACCCUCAGGAGCUCCAGGUGCCAAAGGAAUAGCAGGAGAGCCGGGACUUACUGGGCCACCAGGAACUAUGGGUCCACUGGGAGAGAUGGGAGUCAAGGGUCCAGCUGGAAAGGUUGGGGAGUGGGGACUACCAGGCGAAUCAGGAGAGAAGGGUGCCCUCGGACCAGCAGGAAACCUCGGAGAGCAGGGCCUCAUCGGACAGAGGGGUGAGAUGGGGAUCGAUGGGGAUGCCGGACAGAGUGGUCCUGAUGGACUCAAGGGCGAGAAGGGGGACAUGGGACCGGAGGGGGGUACAGGAGAGAGGGGUGACACCGGACUGAAAGGAAAGGAAGGGUCUCCCGGACCUCCUGGCUUAGUGGGAGUGUGGGGUCAGGAGGGCAAACCUGGCAAGUUUGGUGAAAGAGGAAAACCAGGAGAGAAGGGCAGCAAAGGUCACAUGGGUCACCUGGGAGAGACAGGGGCAAUUGGUGAACAAGGAGAAGCAGGAUUUCUUGGGCCGAAGGGGUCAAGAGGAACCAUUGGACCAGUGGGUGCACCAGGGAGAAUGGGCCAACAAGGUGAAACAGGCAUCACAGGAUACGAGGGCCACACAGGACGGCAAGGCCCACUGGGACCUCCUGGACCAAAAGGUGAAAAGGGUGAACAGGGGGAGGACAGUAAGGUGGAAGGCCCUCCCGGUCCACAAGGUGACAGAGGUCCUACCGGAGACAGGGGAGACAGAGGAGAAUCAGGGGACCCAGGAUACCUAGGCCAGCCAGGGGUGGACGGAUCGAGAGGCAAAGCUGGAGCAACUGGACUACCUGGACAUCCUGGACCAAGGGGAAUACAGGGUCUGAAAGGAUCCAAAGGGGAUCAAGGUCAGAAAGGCAAACGGGGCAAACAAGGCGAGUCUGGGACCAAAGGACCACCGGGUCCUGAGGGUCCUCCUGGCCCAAAGGGAGUGGUGGGAAGAGAGGGCCUUGAGGGCCAACCUGGAAUGGAUGGGCCUCCUGGGAAAGAUGGUGACAAAGGAAUGAAGGGGGAGCAAGGAGACGACGGAGAGUUUGGUAUCAUUGGCAAAGCUGGUAACAGUGGUAAAAUGGGCGUGCCAGGGCUUCCAGGUGAUCAGGGCUCCUUCGGACACAAGGGUGAGAGGGGUCUCCCCGGCCAAACUGGAUAUUCAGGGAAAAGAGGCCACAUUGGUGGAAUGGGAAUUCCAGGAAAACAGGGUAACCAGGGGAACAAAGGACAGCCCGGUGACACAGGUGAAACAGGGUACCCAGGGGUUCUCGGAAUGUUCGGACCAAAGGGACCUCCAGGAGAUCUGGGCCCAGCCGGCAUUCAGGGACCAAAAGGGCCACAUGGCUUGAUGGGUAAUGUUGGUGCCACAGGCCCAGUCGGUAUCAUCGGCCCCAGUGGUAAUACAGGUCCCCAAGGUGACAAAGGAAGUCGAGGGGAUACGGGGGUACAAGGACCAAGGGGCCCUCCUGGUCCUCGUGGACCACCCGGACCCCCAGGUCUCCCUGGUUCUAUGCCAUUUAGAAGGGAGGCUAUCGGUGCUGCUUUUCAGCUCAUUAUUGAUUCCCAUGCUGCGCUGAGGUCAGAGAGUUACCACGACAUGGACCUGCCCAUGUUGGACCACCAGGGUACAGAGAUAUUCAAGACCCUCCACUACCUCAGCACCUUGAUCCAGAGCCUGAAGAACCCACUAGGAACCCACGACAACCCCGCGCGCAUCUGCAGAGACCUCAAAGACUGUGAACAGAGGAUGAAUGAUGGAACUUACUGGAUCGACCCAAACCUCGGCUGCUCUGCUGACUCCAUCGAGGUGACGUGUAACUUCAGCAGCGGUGGCCAGACCUGUCUGAAACCCAUCACAGUAUCCAAGCUGGAGAUGGGGGUGGGUCGUAUCCAGAUGAACUUCCUCCAUCUACUGAGCUCUGAGGCAGUGCAGCACAUCACCAUCCACUGCCUGAACGUUCCCGUGUGGGCCAACAGCUCCUCCCUGGAGCCCUCCCCCACCGCGGUGCGCUUCAAGGCCUGGAGCGGAGGAGACAUGAUCCAGGCUGGAGGGCUCCUGGAGCCCCACGUAGUGAAGGACGAAUGCUGGAUCAAAGAUGGCCGCUGGCACCAGACCCAUUUCGUCUUCCAGACCCAGGACCCCAACUUACUCCCCAUCCUGGACGUGUAUAACCUACCGGCCACAGAGCCUGGCUCGCACUACCACCUAGAGGUGGGCCCCGUGUGCUUCUUAUAGAGGCCUGUUCUUAUAGAGGCCUGUUCUUAUAGAGGCCCAGGAUACAGUACAUACAAAGCCUCCUCAUAGGAGUGACUUGCGGGGGGAUGUGGAAGGUUAGGGGGUCUUCCUGUCCCCAUAUACUGGGGCCCUUCAGGAGAGGCAGGCCAGGCCAGGCCCCUAACCCUCCAGCAUAUGCUCGGACUGCAGAAACAGGCAGGGGGCACCAUUGAGGGACUGACCAGGAGAAACUGCAGAGAUACUGAGACGUCUCACACUAGUUCCUACCGCCUGCCUGAAGAGAAGAUAAGCUUUGGCUUUUUUCAGGGACUUGUUUUACUGUCGCACGGCACGAGCCCUGGAUGCCAGAGUGAGAUAAAAAAUAAUGAGUCUCUAACAUCACUCUUGGACAACAUUUUUAACUUAUUACUUUCUAUGGUCAUGAACUCUCAAAAUGUUAUGAAAUGUGUAAAGUAAUAGGGAACGAUUAUAAAUGCAUUUGCAUAUUAUGAAUGCAUUACUUAUCCUUCUAAAUGUCACACAUACACAUGUAUUAUUUAUACAUGUUAUAUGUAUAUCUUAAUAUAAAAGUGCAAUAAACAUAUCUCGUUCUGCAGUUUUUCAAAGCAAUUAAGGUUUACAAUGAGACCCAACAAUUGGAUAUAAUAUUAUCAUAACAUUCAGGCUUAGGCUAAGUUUCCAGCAUACAUCCAUCCACAGGUGUGUGCUGUCCAGCUAUUUUUCUCCUGCCUGGUCUGCAGAUGACGUAUGAAUCUACUUGUAAUAGUGAUUAGUUGCUGAAGAAAAGCCCACCGGUCUACGAAUGACUAUUGCGCUAUUGCAUUCCUGAUGUGUGUUUCCCUAGUCAAAUGAAUUGAAGCUUGCAGUUAGAGAGUGAAUCCAGCGAGUGUCAGAAGAGUCGGUCUACCUCCCAUCUCUCAAUGAGCUGAACCAGAGAUGAUGACACCUGGUACCUGGUGCUAUAAUAAUUCCUGUGGUGGAUUAUGAGGCGGUCUUGUUUAAUCCUGACAGAACAUAUAAACCUUGUCUACAGCAAAGGGAAUAUUUUUUUACACAGUAUGAAUGCAAAGAAGGAAAAAUGUUCAAAUUCACUCCAAGCUAGCAAAACAAGCUAGCAAAACAAGCUAGCAAAACAAGCUAGCAAACAGCGUUUCUUUCUCUGCAUCACUAUUUUACUCCCCUUUGUAUGAGUCUGAACCUAUUAUUGAAAGAUUUAGGUCUUAUUUUUGACUUAUUGAAAUGUAUAAAUGUGUAUAAUUAUGCAAAGCUUUGUUGUAUACAGUGGAUCCCAACAUGCUAAUUUAUGUUAUUUAAUGUCCAUGGGUUUUGCAACUUUCUGUAAACUUUAAGCCAGACACCCAUCAUUAGCAGAGCAUUUUUUAUUUUUUAUAAAUUUGGGGCUUCAUUGAUUUUGUUUUAUAGGUUUGUUUUUUAAAUAAUCAUAACUGUACUGGAACCAUUUUCAAUGCUUUUAUGCCUUACUGUUUUACUUUUUUGACCAUGUUUGUGAAAUCUCUGUACAGGCGGUCAGCUCAACCCACCAACCUAUAAACUCAGAAUACCUCUCAUAUCACACAUCUUAAACAGCCCUCCAUCAUGUUCUUACAUUAGUAUAGCCAUAACACAUCCAAAGAGUCAUCUGACGUCUUUGUUAAGGGCCAGAAACAGAUAUUCGUGGUCAUCGUGUACUUCACCCAUUCAUCUCUGCAGGUCCUCUGUCUGUCAGCAUCAUAAUUAUACAGCUUGUAGUUUUCAACACUUUCAUUUUCUUCAUUCAGGUGUUCAAUAAAUAUUUGAAACCCAA